CCCGCCCGCCCGCGCCCGCCCGCCAGCCAGCCGGGGAUGGCCGCCUUCCCCCGCCAGAGGAGAAGCUCUGGCGGUAGUGACAGCAGCUGAGGACGCCACGGGGACAGCGGGGGACCAUGCCGUUUGGCCUGAAGCUGCGCCGGACACGGCGCUACAAUGUGCUGAGCAAGAACUGCUUUGUCACCCGCAUCCGCCUGCUGGAUGGCAGCGUCAUCGAGUGCACGCUGGCGGUGGACGGCACCGGCCAGGAGUGCCUGGAGGCCGUGGCCCAGCGGCUGGAGCUGCGGGAGACGCACUACUUUGGCCUUUGGUUCCUCAGCAAGAGCCAGCAGGCGCGCUGGGCGGAGCUGGAGAAGCCGCUGAAGAAACACCUGGACAAGUUUGCCAACGAGCCGCUGCUGUUCUUCGGCGUCAUGUUUUAUGUGCCGAGCGCGUCCUGGCUGCAGCAGGAGGCCACGAGAUACCAGUACUACCUGCAGGUCAAGAAGGACGUGCUGGAGGGCCGGCUGCGCUGCACCUUGGAGCAGGUGAUCCGGCUGGCCGGCCUGGCCGUGCAAGCUGACUUCGGAGACUAUCACCAGUUCGACUCGCAGGACUUCCUCCACGAGUAUGUGCUGUUUCCCAUGGACUUGGCGCUGGAGGAGGCCGUCCUGGAGGAACUGACACAGAAGGUGGCACAGGAACAUAAGGCCCACAGGGGUGUCUUGCCGGCAGAAGCGGAGCUAAUGUACAUCAAUGAGGUGGAGUGCUUGGAAGGCUUCGGGCAGGAGAGCUUCCCCGUCAAGGACAAUCAGGGCAACAGCGUGCACCUGGGCAUCUUCUUCAUGGGCAUCUUCGUGAAGAACAGGGCCGGGGCCAGGGGACAAGCCGUCAUGUAUAGGUGGAACGACGUAGGCAGCGUCACGCACAACAAGUCCACCAUCCUCGCCGAGCUGCUCAGCAAGGAGGAGACGCUGCUGUUCCACACAGACGACAUAGAGAACGCCAAGUACAUCUCCCGGCUGUUCACCACACGGCACAAAUUCUACAAGCAGAACAAGAUCUGCACCGAACAGUCAAAUUCUCCGCCUCCCAUCAGACGCCAGCCCACCUGGAGCCGCUCCUCUCUGCCCUGCCAGCAGCCCUACAUCCUGCCGCCCAUGCACGUGCAGUGCGGAGAGCUCUGCUUGGAGACACACGCCUCCCAAGACAGCAUCUUCGCGGCCGACGACGCCUUCUGCUGCCCGUCGCGCAGCAGCCUGGACCUGGCGUGGCCGGGCGGCAGCGUGUGCAGCGUGCAGAGCCUCCCGCGGGCCUCGAGCCCCGGCCUCCCCGGCGACCCCCGGCUGGGCGCCCUGCUGCCGUCCUACCGCCCGACCCCCGACUACGACACGGUCGUGCGGCAGCUGGCGCGGGGCUGCCCGGCCACCCACGGCCGCUCGCCGCGCACCCUGAGCCUGCCGGGCCGGGGGCCGCUGGCCGCCAGCCACCCCGAGGUGCGCCGCCCCUGCCCGCCGCCCGGGGGUCCCCGCGGGGCCGCCCCCCGCCCGCCCGGCGACCCCCGCGGCCCCCGGCGCCCGGCCGCGCCCGGCUGCCACACGGUCAGCACCCCCGAGCUGGCGCACCUGCUGCCGCCGCCCGCGCCCGCCCCGCACGGCCCCCGCCCGCCGCCGCCCUACCCGCGCCCCCGGCCCGCCGCCAGCACCCCCGACCUGGCCGGGCCGCGCCCGCGGGCCGCGGGGGGCAGCAGCCCCGACCUGGUGACCCGCAAGGUGCAGCUGGCCGUGCAGACCUUCCAGGGCGACAGCGCCCCCGUGCGGCUGCGCUCGCUGCAGGUGCAGGAGGCCCGCGCCCCGCAGCGCCCCCUGCCGGCCGAGCUCCCCGCCGCCGCCGCCGCCGCCCGCGCCCCGCCGCCGCCCGCCCGGCCCGCCGCGCCGCCCGCCCGCCACCAGAGGGCGCCCUCGGACGCCACCGUGCUGAUCCACAGCAGCGACAGCGACGAGGACCCGCAGGGGGCGCCCGCGGACCCGCACGGAGCCCGCCUGCUGGCCGCCCUGGCGCGCCUGCCCCGCCGCCCGCCGCCCGACUACCCCGGGCCCCGCAAGAGCGUGAGCAACGGCGCGCUGCGGCCGGACCCCGCCGGGCCGCCCCCCGGCCUGCCGCACCCCCGCGCGCCGCGAGCCGGGCCCCCCCGGCCGCCCAGCGCCCCCCGGCCCGACCCGCCGGCCGCCCUCGGCCCGUCCAUCUCGGAGCCCAACCUGGCCAGCGGCCGCGAGCGGGUCAAGAGGGAGCAGGUGCGGGAGCGGCCGGUGUCCGAGAUGUUCUCCCUGGAGGACAGCAUCAUCGAGCGCGAGAUGAUGAUCCGGAACCUGGAGAAACAGAGGAUGACAAGUCUGGAGGCCCCAAAGCGGCCGCUGAUGCUGGCGGCCCUCAACGGGGUCCCGGUGGCCCGGGUCUCAGGGCGGGAAGACGGCGGAGCCCGUGUCCCCAUGGACGACAGGUUCCGGGCCCUGAAGCAGAGGCUGGAGGAGGGGAUGGUGUUCACCGAAUACGAGCAGAUCCCCAAGAAGAAGGCCAACGGCGCCUUCAGCACAGCGGCCCUGCCCGAGAACGCCGAGCGCGGCCGCGUUCGAGAGGUGGUUCCCUACGAGGACAACCGCGUGCGGCUGGUGCCCACCAAGGAGAACAGCACCGGCUACAUCAAUGCCUCCCACAUCAAGGUGGUGGUCGGCGGCGCUGAGUGGCACUACAUAGCCACGCAGGGGCCCCUGCCACACACCUGCCACGACUUCUGGCAGAUGGUGUGGGAGCAGGGUGCCAAUGUCAUCGCCAUGGUCACAGCGGAGGAGGAGGGCGGACGCACCAAGAGUCACCGGUACUGGCCUAAGCUGGGCUCUAGACACAGCUCGGGCACCUACGGCAAGUUCAAGGUGACCACCAAGUUCCGCACGGACUCUGGCUGCUACGCCACCACGGGCCUGAAGGUUAAGCACCUUCUGUCCGGGCAGGAAAGGACCGUGUGGCACCUGCAGUACACGGACUGGCCCGACCACGGCUGCCCGGAGGACAUCCAGGGCUUCCUGUCCUACCUGGAGGAGGUGCAGUCUGUGCGCCGCCACACCAACAGCAUGCUGGAGCACGGGCGGGGCUGGCCGCCGCCCAUAGUGGUGCAGUGCAGUGCGGGCGUGGGCAGGACCGGCGUCCUCAUCCUGGCCGAGCUCAUGAUCUACUGCCUGGAGCACGAUGAGAAGGUGGAGGUGCCGGCGAUGCUGCGUCUGCUGCGUGAGCAGCGUAUGUUCAUGGUGCAGACGGUGGCCCAGUACCAGUUCGUCUACCAGGUGCUGCUCCAGUUCCUGCAGAAUUCCAGGCUCAUCUAACCCCGCCCCGGACCCCAGACCCCGACAACGUCCACC